CUGCGCGCGAAGAGCACCGGACACGAAACCGGCGGACUACCACCACGACGACGACGACAGUGUUUGUCAUUUCUUCUCCACACCGGCCGACGUGAUCUCCGCCGCUCCGUUGCUCCGCUUUACUUUACAUUCGAUUCCAAGACAGGCCGCGUCCGUCCCAUUCAAACGGAUCCAGUGUGUCCUGGCCGUCACCAGUCGCAUUCGGCAAACGUAAAAUAGUAAAAUCAGUGAUCCGCCGGCCGCGAACUUGACAGUGAUAUUCGUAGAGGAAGGCCAUGGAUCGGGGAAUCGUGUGCACCGCUACCGUAAUACUUGUUGCAAUUAUUUGUUUUUUACCAGAGACUGCAUCGGUCAGGAAUUCCUCAUGUCCCAGAAUAUGCACCCCUCACGGCUUCGGAGACCCAGUCUGCGGAUCUGACGGCAUCAUUUACGCCAACAUUUGCGAACUGAAGAAGAAGACCUGCGGAAAAGGCAUCUCAUUGUCGUCGGACCCCAAACUAUGCAAGAGGCACGGCGGCUCCAAGUGCGAGCACAAAUGCGGCAGCGAGAAGGACCCAGUUUGCGGAACAGACGGAAGGACCUACCUCAAUAGGUGCAUGCUACAAGUGGAGAUAUGCAGAUUAGACAUUGGAUUGUCGCAUCUCGGUCCAUGCAACAACAUCAGCGCUCACCGCGAGAACUGUCCCGUCGAUUGUAAGCAGGCCCCUCAAGACGGACCUGUGUGUGGAAGCGACGGAAACGUAUACAAAAAUACAUGCCAGAUGAAAUUACUGACUUGCGGGCAAGGUGUCGUAAGAACUAAUAAAAAGUAUUGCCAGACAACAAGACAUUGUAGGGAAUCGUGCUGGAGAAACGCCAGACCGGCCUGCGGCUCCGAUGGCAAAUUGUACACCAACGUUUGCAGAAUGAAGUCCAAAAACUGCGGUAAACACGUGUUUGAAGUGCCGAUGGCGUAUUGCGUGUCCCAGGAAAGGACCUCUCACAGUGCCGGAUGUCCAUCAGGAUGUGCCAACGAAAUUGAAAAACCUACUUGCGGUUCGGACGGGUACAUUUACAAAAGCGAGUGCGAACUAAAACUGCUGAACUGUGGUUCCAACCGCCGCGUGACCAGGGUGGACUUCGAGAAAUGCAGGAACAGACUGAGCAAAUGUCUGAAGAUCAAGUGUAACAACGACUUCGAUCCCGUCUGUGGCACCGACGCCAGGACUUACACGAAUAAUUGCCAACUUAACUUGGCCACAUGUUUCAAAGGCGUUCAAUUUGCCCAUGUCGGUAACUGUACCGCGCUGAAAGAACAAGAGCCGUGUCCCGAAGAGUGUAAUGAAACCGAAGACGAACCCGUAUGUGGAUCAGAUGGAAAUGUAUACAAAUCAGCGUGCCAUCUAAAAAAAGAAACUUGCGGACAACUUGUAAUACAAGUACCACCUCAUCAUUGCCGAACCACCGCGUUAUGUAACGAAAAAUGCUCCAACGACAGAAACUUCGUAUGCGGAUCGGACAACAAAAUCUACAGAAGCGAGUGUGAAAUGAAGAGAGAUAAUUGUGGAAAACACAUCUAUGUGGUACCGAUGAAGCGCUGCAUAGCUGGAUUCCUGUUCAGAGGCUGCUCUAAAAUAUGUCCAACUUACUACGAUCCCGUCUGCGGUACCGACAACAAGACAUACAGUAACACCUGCUUUUUGGAAAUCGAGAACUGCAGGUCAAGAUCACUUGUGACCAAAAGAAACAUGGGCACAUGUGCAGAACCCAUCAAUGACAUACCUAAAAAUUAUUUGUACUGAUUAAAGUAUAGUCCAAUCUAAGUACUACUCUUCGUUUCGGAUUGUAAUUGCAAAAUUGGAGCGUGAUAUGUAUAGUUAUCGACAUACUAAGCUUCAUAAAUGUAUUUCAUAAGUAUCUGUGAGUAAAGGAUAGUUCAGUUUAUAAA